GCGGCGCACGCGCAGUUCAGGCAGCGACCGUUGGCGAGAAGAGGUGGAGAAAGGAGAAGGUGAAGGGACCUGCUUGCUUUACUUCAGAACAGACUUCAAAUAACAGCACAGUUGUAUUUGGUGCCUACAUUUACAAGGUUCCAGGGCUGAGGUGUUGUGGUUCUGAUGUUCCGUGCUUGACAGUGUGUAAUACUGAAGGCUGAACACACACAAGCUUUCUGACUCUGCUUGAGGCUGCUGCUGUGCUUUCCUAGGCUUCCUUGUAGCUGCAGCAGACACCAGGCAAGAAACUCGGGACAAUCAUGGAUGAUUAUGAUGUAAGAUCUGCUGCUAGCAUUCUAGCCUCGGUUAAAGAGCAGGAGGCCCGCUUUGAGAGGCUGACCCGAGCACUUGAGGAAGAGCGGCGUAAUGUUUCCACGCAACUUGAGCGUACCAGUGUGCCCUCAGACAGAGCGAGCAUUUCCAAAGCUGGGAACAGCGAGUCGUUUGCUUGGCAGCAGUUAGUGUUGCAGGAGCAAAGCCCCAGUAAUCAGACGUCCAAAGCAAUAAUGCAGGAGCCGCAAGAGCUAGUGGAAGAAACGGUUACCAUUGAAGAGGACCCAGGAACCCCUACCUCCCAUGUUUCUGUGGUGACAUCGGAUGAUGGAACCACACGACGGACAGAGACUAAGGUCACUAAAGUGGUUAAAACUGUGACCACCAGAACUGUCCGUCAAGUGCCGCUCGGACCGGAUGGUUUGCCCACAGGAGGGUCCUCUCCCGCUGGCAGCUACACAGAUUCCAUUGAUCGAAGAUACAUGAAAAACGGAGAGCGCUACAUCACCCCACAGGCCAAUUCGACACUAACCAGAGGCUACAACAAUUACCCGGAUUCCUACGAGAACCACCAUGACCAGUAUCGUGGGUUCCCAGGCCAGGAUGGCUUUGCGGACGUGUCUGAUAACUACGGCAGCCUGUCACGAGGAGUUCACUACUACCCCCGCUAUCCUUACAUGCAACGCGAUUACAGACCAGAGGAAAGCUACACGUUGCCCACAAGGAAGAAGUAUGCCCAACCACAAGUCCAGACCGAUGGCAUUGUCGAUUUAAACCGAUCGCAACCAGAACGCUUCCAGCCAGAACCUUACGGCCUGGAGGAUGACCACAGAAGCCUGGGGCCCGAUGACGACGGGUAUGAAUUGGAUGCGGAUGCAGAGCCAGAGCCAGAUUACUCCACAGCCAAUCGCAGAUUACCUCCAGGGGCGGACGGAAGGAGACACAGGAGAGGUUAUGAGGAUCCCAUUGAAGCGGAGAUCAUUGAGGAUCGGAUGCCGUACCUGGCUGGAGUGUACAAUGCGCCAUUAGCUCGGCCAGAGGGAGGGAGUCUGGCCAGCCUGGAUCGGCUCGGGAGGCGCUCGCCGUCCAUCGACAGCAUGCGGAAAGAUCCCAGGUGGCGAGACCCCGAUCUGCCUGAAGUUAUCGCUAUGCUCAGUCAUCACCUUGACCCAGUGAAGUCCAAUGCCGCUGCCUACCUACAACAUCUGUGCUAUGAGAACGACAAACUGAAAAAGGAGGUCCGACACCUGAAGGGCAUCCCUAUUCUGGUGGGACUCCUCGAUCACCCCAAACCAGAUGUCCAUCGACGAGCAUGUGGUGCCCUCAGAAACAUCUCGUAUGGCAAAGAUCAUGACAAUAAAGUGGCCAUCAAGAAUUGUGAUGGUAUCCCUGCCUUGGUGAGAUUGCUAAGGAAGACAAAUGACAUGGAAGUUAGAGAGCUCAUCACAGGAACCCUGUGGAACCUGUCUUCCUACGAACCCCUCAAAAUAGUGAUCAUUAAUCAUGGACUGCAGACGCUCACAAGCGAGGUCAUCAUCCCCCAUUCUGGCUGGGAGACUGAGCCCAAUGAGGAUUCUAAGCCGCGCGACGCCGAGUGGACAACUGUCUUUAAGAACACGUCUGGCUGCCUCAGGAACGUGAGUUCAGAUGGAAGUGAAGCUCGCAGAAGGCUCCGGGAAUGUGAGGGUUUGGUGGAUGCUCUCCUCCAUGCACUGCAGUCAGCAGUGGGCAAGAAAGACAUGGACAGAAAGUCGGUGGAAAACUGCGUGUGUAUCAUGCGGAAUCUGUCCUACCAAGUGCAUCGAGAAGUGCCAGGGGCCGAAAAAUUCAGAGAGCCACCAAGUGACCAACAAGUUGGAGUGGGAGGCGUGCAGAAGAAGAAGAAAGAUGAUUCAGGCUGUUUUGGUGGGAAGAAGGCGAAAGGUAAAAAGAAUGCAGAUACCAACAAGAACUUUGACACCUUGGAUUUACCGAAGCGCACAGAGCCAGUGAAAGGUUACGAGCUGCUAUACCAGCCCGAGGUGGUGCGACUGUACUUGUCACUGCUGACGGAGAGCCGCAACUACAACACAUUGGAGGCCGCAGCCGGAGCCCUUCAGAACCUGAGUGCUGGCCAGUGGACGUGGUCCAGUUACAUACGUUCAACUGUGCGGAAAGAGAAGGGCCUGCCGAUCCUGGUAGAGUUGCUGAGGUCAGACUCCGAUAAGGUGGUGCGAGCAGUGGCCAUCGCACUGAGGAACUUGUCUGUGGACGGACGCAAUAAGGAUCUCAUAGGUAAUUACGCCAUGCGUGACCUGGUGAGUAACCUGACCGGGGGCCAACAAAGACCUGCCAAGAACCUGGAAGAGGACACGAUUGUUGCCAUUCUCAACACUAUCCACGAGAUAGUGACAGACAGUUCAUCCAAUGCCAGGUCCCUGGUUCAAGCGCAGGGCAUUGAGAAAUUGGUUGCCAUCAACAAAUCCAGCCAGUCAGUGAGGGAGAUGAAGGCCGCCUCCCAUGUCCUGCAGACCGUGUGGAGUUACAAGGAGCUGAAAAGCGCUUUACACAAGGACGGCUGGAACAAGUCCCACUUCCAGCCGAAUGCAACCACACUUCCCAAGGGAGCUAAAGGUACUGGGAGCAGGACAUCGGGAUAUGACGACAGCACUCUGCCAUUGAUUGAGAGGAAUCAGAAGGAAGGUCAGAAACGAUCUGGUGAAAUGAUACCCAUGGAUGAGCUUGGUCCAGAUGGUUACUCCACUCUGGAUCAGAGGGAAAAGGAGCGCAAGUAUAAAGCCACAGAAAGUUCUGGGGAUGCGGCUGAGCGAGAACCUUUGCGGAAUGAUACAAAUAAGAGAAACACUAACAGGAAUAUUAGGGCCUCAGUGAAUCUUGUGGAUGCUCAUGACAUUAAACCUCACCCCGUUGAUUCCUGGGUCUAAAUGCAUGAUGGCAUGAAGUACAGCGAUAACUGAACACUAUACAGAGGAUAUCAUCAUUCAUGACGGCCGUUAAAUUUGGACGACUUGAUUUCGCGGAAAAAACACAAACUCUUUUUAUCCAAAUCAAAAGAAGAAAAAAUAUUGUCUGUCAAUCCUGAAAUACCAUUGCCUUUCUGGGGAGUUUAUAUAUUAUAAAAAAGUCUCAACUACAUUCCCUCUGAACACAACGUACCCAUUACCCCCCUCCCCCCCCAAAAUACAAGCUUUGUCUGGUUGGCUCGGUUUUUCUUUGAGAUGUCUGCGGGAGAUGAUGGUCUGAACUUAAGUAUGAACCGAGAAUGUUGUGUGGCGGGAAGGAAAGGUGCCAAGAGGAUAUAUCUCUCUGAUUUUUUUUUUACAAAGUUGCUUUACGAUAGUUUUUAUAAUUAAACCAAUUAACCAUCAUUUUGUUGGCACUUUUCAUUGUGAAAGGUGACGACUGAAUACUGAUUUUUUUUCUGCCAUUUUUAAAAGUGGAGGAUUUGUAUUUUUUACAAAAGUAAGAUCCCGUGUGGAGUUGGAAUCUGUGUGACUUGACGUAAGAGGGUGGGUUGGAUGCAAUAUUGUUGCUGGUGUGGAGAAGGUAGACCAAGAGGAAUUUGGAAGGUGUUUUUGAUGAGCUAAAGGCUGUGAAGUUGAUCAGCUAACCUGACUGACACUGCUGACUUUAUUGAAUCAUUGUACAUGUACAGUUAUAGUCGAGAGAUGCAUUAUGUUUCAUAAAGAGAAGACAAACAUUUUAGUCGACUGCGGUACCUUGCCCGCUCUUAAUGUGAAAGCCAAUUUUUAAUCCCGAGUUAUUAUGCAUAAAUGUAAUCCCUUUUUCUGCCGUUUUCUGUAUUAAAACUGUUUGUUCCCUCCUGGAUUUUUACUAGUUGUGGAUUUGAUAACUUAACCCUUACACAUCUGCCGUGUAGCUUUUUGACCCACAGUCCGUGUGGAUUCAACAACGCCAGCCGUGGGGCUUUGUGUGUCGGAGCGGUUCCUGCUCUGAGGGAGCGUUGUUUUCCUCAAGUCUUUUCGAAUCCGGUUUCAGUGGAUUGAGCUUGCAAGAUGUAUUUUAAAACCAUUAUUCGUCUCUCACUUUGACUCCGAAAACUGGUGAAGUCAUGUUGUGUAAAGGUCCGAACAAUUUUUUUUACUUCUCACAGCAGAGUUAUAAACUCUGAACUUUGAAAUCCGGGUGCCUGGAGAGAGUAUAUGUAAUCAUGUUCCAGAAAUUCCCAAUUCCUGGAAGAGCGGAUUUCAUCCGGUGUUCAUUUGACUGAUCUGUACAGUGCGUAAUCAUUCUGUCUAACAUCAAUGGUUUGACUUUUUACAAUGUCAUUUUAAGGCUAGCUAAUUUUUGAAUGGGGUAGAGGGUGUGUGUGUGUGAGGGGGGAGGGGACAUUAAAUCUGAAGCUGUCCUCGAUUUCGAAUACUAAGAUUGAAUGAAUGAAUAGAUAAAUAAAUAAAUGAACUGGACUACGUCACUUGCCAAAACCGUGUCGGAUGGUGUGGGCACGACAUUUGCUAUGAAUUCAUAUUUGUUACCAAAGGGUUGGAAAUUGCGAAGGCCAGAAAGUACUUCACAGAAGUAGUUAGCAACCUUUUAAUCUAUUAUUUUUUUGACACAGUUAAAAGCCCCGCUGGGGGAAGCGUUGAGCAAGUUCUGGAUGUAGAUAUUGCUGUUCAGAUUUCUGGAAACUUCUGGUAAUUAGUGGCAAAUGUGUUUGUACUAUCAUGUGCCUUAAACCUUUUCAUGGUAGAGAAAAAAAGAUAAUGUGUUUUUUUAUAUAUAUAUAUAAUAUAAAUAUAUUACUCUUAGCAUAAGUGUAGUUUAUACUGGUGAGUUUUGCAUUGCAUCACACUGUACUAUAAAUGACACCAUAAUGACUUAUGCUUUCUUAGAAUUAUGCUCCAGUGACGGAAUGUACUCUGUUUAACUUCACUAAUCGCCUGCAGAAAGGUAGUGAGCUUGUUUAAACCAGGUUUGUAGAACUUAUCAACUUGGUGUGUUUUCAAUAAACAAUGCCUGGAAAUUA